AUGAGUUCCACCCAGUUGCUCCAAGGUGGCACAGUCACAACGAGGAAUGGCUACCAAAUUCAUACUUUCACAGCAACUGGGUCGCAUACCGUGACGGUCAAAACAGCCUCCCCGACGCCCUACCCGACGCCAUACCCGACGCCAUACCCGACGCCCUACCCGACGCCUUACCCGACGCCCUACCCGACGCCAUACCCGACGCCAUACCCGACGCCAUACCCGACGCCCCACCCGACGGCCUUCCCGACUCCCUACCCGACGGCUUUCCCAACGCCCGACCCGACGCCGAACCCGACGCCGAGCCCGACGCCAGACUCGCCGCGCGCCGGUGCGGCCGGUGGGUCGGCGCAGGCGACUGGGGACCCUCACCUCGCCAACGUGCUCGGGCAGAGGUUCGACCUCCGCAAGGAGGGAUGGCACACGUUGUUGCGGGUUCCCAGGGGUGCCAAGCGCGGGGCCGCCUUGCUGAGCGUCGAUGCGGAGGCGCGGCAGAUGGGCGCGGCGUGCGCUGACAUGUACUUCCAGUCGGUGAACCUGACGGGAAGAUGGGUCGGCUCCCAGGGCCGCGCCUUCAGCGCCGGCCAUGUCGCUGAGAAGGAGUCCCGGCGUUGGCUGCGAUACGGCCAGGUGGAGCUGAAAGUGGUCCAGGGCCACACUAAGAGUGGCAUCGUCUACCUGAACUUUUUCGUCCGCAACCUGAAAUUUGCAGGCUACCCUGCGGGCGGGAUUCUGGGAUUGGACGACCACACGGCCGCAGCUGAGCCCAGUCUGAAGUGCCAUAAAAUAAUCAGUUUGCUCUCGAUUGACGGGCUUGGUCUCGGUGCCAGUCCCAAGAACGCCUCUACCGCAGUGGCAUAUUUUUGA